AUUACCUUAACAGAAAUGGAUAACCAAAGCGCUACCGUUAGUGCCGCGAAUUCUACCAAAAAUUCCGAAGACUCUUUCUCUAACUACGAUGACGUAUUAGUCACAGCAAUACGCAUCCUCAGCCUUCAGAACGCCGAAAUAUCAGCAUUGGUACCGAAGUACCACGGUUAUCCUCACGAAGACCUCCUAACUUGGCUAACGCGAAUCGAAACGUUGCAAGAACGUUUUGGUUUGACGCAAGAAUAUCUGGUCCCUAUAGCUGCUAAUAAACUUAGAGGUGUGGCUCUUACUUGGUUCCACACUAACUUACCCAGAGAUACCCCAUUUGAAGAGUUCAAAGAUAGGAUCAUCGACCAAUUUUUGGGGAACCAUUUCGUCAGUAAAAAGUGGCACAGUGAUGAUAAUUUCAUUGAGUAUUUCGAAGAUAAAGCUCUUAUGGGGAAGAUUCUUCACUUGCCUGAAAAAGAUAUAAUUAAAGAAAUUCUAGACGGAAUAACAGAUAAAAAACUCAAAAAGGUGUUGAAAAAACAUAAUUUUAGGAGUUUAGAAGCUUUUCAGAAAAAAGUAAUAGUAGAGUAUGGACAUGUAGAAUCUAACAAAAACGGGGAAUGCAGUAUUGGUGUUAUAAAUGGAUCCACGGAUUCUGAUAUUUCGAAGAAAAUGGAGAACACCGAUUCCAAACAUUCCUUGGAGUUGUUUGGCAGUGAUAAAUCAUGGGGCAGGCAUAAGAAACAGAUGAACGUACGGGUGACCACCAUGGACGCGGAGCUGGAAUUCGCGAUCCACCAAACGACGACCGGAAAACAACUUUUCGACCAAGUUAUCAAAACCGUCGGCCUAAGAGAAGUGUGGUUCUUCGGAUUACAAUAUACCGAUUCUAAAGGCGAUCUUACCUGGGUUAAGCUGUAUAAGAAGGUGCUGAGUCAAGAUUUGAAAAAAGAAAACCCAUUCCAGUUCAAAUUCCGUGCCAAAUUCUACCCCGAAGACGUCGCCGAAGAACUCAUCCAAGAUAUCACUUUACGCUUAUUCUACUUGCAAGUGAAGAACUCCAUUCUCUCCGAUGAAAUCUACUGCCCGCCCGAAACUUCCGUCCUUCUGGCUUCGUACGCCGUACAAGCCAGGCAUGGAGAUUAUGAUAAAUCAACUCACACGCCAGGAUUCCUAGCCAACGAUAGGUUGUUACCUCAAAGGGUAAUGGAUCAACAUAAAAUGUCAAAAGAUGAAUGGGAGAAUAGCAUCAUGACCUGGUGGAAGGAACAUAGAGGUAUGUUAAGGGAAGAUGCCAUGAUGGAGUACUUGAAGAUAGCUCAAGAUCUAGAAAUGUACGGAGUUAACUAUUUCGAAAUACGUAACAAAAAGCAGACAGAAUUGUACUUAGGUGUCGAUGCGCUUGGACUUAACAUUUACGAAAAAGAUGACCAACUUACACCUAAAAUCGGUUUCCCGUGGUCGGAAAUCCGCAACAUCUCUUUCAACGAUCGGAAGUUCAUCAUCAAACCCAUCGACAAGAAAGCACCCGAUUUCGUUUUCUUUGCUCCACGCGUGCGCAUCAACAAGAGAAUUCUCGCUCUUUGUAUGGGCAACCACGAACUGUACAUGCGCAGACGUAAACCUGAUACCAUCGACGUGCAACAAAUGAAAGCGCAAGCGCGUGAAGAAAAGAUGGCAAAACAACAGCAGAAAGAAAAGCUCCAGUCUGAAAUAGCGGCAAGAGAAAGGGCCGAAAAGAAACAGCAAGAGUAUGAAGAUAGAAUCAAAGCCAUGCAAGAAGAGAUGGAAAGAAGUCAAGCUAACUAUAUGGAAGCUCAAGAGAUGAUUAGACGAUUGGAGGAACAAUUGAAACAAUUGCAGGCUGCCAAAGAAGAGAUGGAAAAGAGACAGAACGAGUUACAGUCCAUGAUGGAGCGUUUGGAAGAGAGCAAGAACAUGGAAGCCGCCGAGAGGCAAAAAUUGGAAGAGGAGAUCAGGGCCAAACAAGAGGAGGUUCUACGUAUCCAACAAGAAGUCGAGGCUAAGGACAGCGAGACCAAACGUCUUCAGGAAGAGGUCGAAAAUGCUCGUCGCAAGGAGGAAGAACUUAAACAACUGCAACUCGCCCAAGCUGCCAAAGGUCAUUUGGAAGAAAAUGACCAUAAUGAAGAUGAUGAAAUGGUCAAUGGUGAUGUUAGCAAGGAUCUUAGCACUGACGAAAACAUCGUCGAUCCAAUCGAAGAUAGACGUACGCUUGCUGAAAGAAACGAACGUCUUCAAGAUCAAUUAUUGGCUUUGAAGAAAGACCUCGCUCAAUCUCGCGACGAAACCAAGGAAACUGCCAUGGACAAAAUCCACAGAGAGAAUGUUCGUCAAGGAAGAGACAAAUACAAGACUCUUCGUGAAAUCCGCAAGGGCAACACCAAGCGCAGAGUCGACCAAUUCGAAAAUAUGUAAAUUGUUUUUAACCUUCAUAUCAAACAAUCUAGGAGUCCUACCUAUUAUUUCGAGUUAAAAAAAACCAAUAUUACUAAAGAACCUUUCAAUGCUCAACGCGAGAUGAUCAUUUUUUCAAAAUACUUUUAAAAAAUAUUUUUAAGUUUUUCGGUUCAGUUAUUACUUAACACGUUAAGUAUUAUUCUUAUAUUUUCUUUUUGAUAUGUAUUAGAGCCCUAUUGGCUCAGUUAAGUGGCCUUAGAAGUUAACUACUUUUUGCUUUGUUAGAUUAUUUUGCUUUUUAUAUAUAUUUAACUAAUGUUAUACGAAAAUUGUUUUCCAUUGUUUUUGUGAUAACUAACAACAAUUUUGGGUCAAUUUGAAAAUCGGAUCCUCACAUUAAACACGGAUCCGAGCUGAACUGAUAAAAAAAUAUAUAACACUCCAGAUCUGCAAUUAGUCCAGAUACCGAGUAAGGUACACUGAAGAUUUGUAGCAGUUUUUCAAAAUCUUGCAACUAACUUCUACAAUUUUUCAUCGACCUUCUUUUUCUUUUCUAUCUCUGGACUAAUAAUUUUUAUUCAAAAUUUUCUUAUUCAAGGACGCAUUCCAAUAUUGAGUAGUUUUCUGUUUUUAAUGUUAGUGUGCCAUUCGGUGAUCAAAAAAUCAAAACCUUGUUUAACAUACUUUAAAAAAUCUUCCUUGUCUUCACAGAUUUAAACAAAUUAUUAAAUAUCUUUUACAUCAACAUGUUUGAGUCAUUACCUUCCAAUAUUAAACUUUUGAAGAAAAUAUUUUAAAAAACAAUAACAAAACAUUUACCUUCCAAUAUUAAACUUUUGAAGAGAAUACUUAAAAAAAUAACAAAAUAAUAAGUGGCGCGGCAUAAUAUGCUAUCCUGUAUAAUACAGCAAUAUGUGAUUGUGAAUUAAAAAUAUUUAUUUGCGCCUGCGCAUUAGACUUUUUAAAUUUCCAAUUUAUGGAUGUCAAAAGUCAAUGUGAAUUUCAAACAUGUCAACUGCCAAAUGGAGGUUAAUUUCAUAAAAAGAUCUGCACGAGAUACGCUCUAACUACACAAAAUACAGAUUUUAAUAAUUUGUUGUAAGUCUUUUUAAAACUGUACACUUUUAAAAUUUAUUUUUCUAUUAUCUAGAACUAUCAACGAGUUUUAAUCGCAAUAUGCAAUGAUGAGAUACUAUAUUUUUACACUGUUCCUUCUUGGCCUGGUGCUUCCUAAAAUAAUUGAGCAGCAGUUAACAAUAUUUUAGGUAUUUUUGUAUUCUAUACAAUUCCAAAAUUAUAAGAAUUUUUGAUUUUCUGCAAAUCUAAACUGAUUAAUCCAAAUUUAUUUGAUAUAAAGUGAAAUUAUUUAAAACGUUUGUUGAAUUUUAAGACUUUUUAAUCUUUCACUCGUUUGUAAAGUACAAUAAGUGUUUCAUAAAAAAAUAUUGUUUAAGAAAGAGGGCGAGAAAACAUUUUGAAUAACAAAAAAGUAGUAGUUGCAGUAGCUUACUUGAUUUAUAUGUCAGCAUCCAUGGUCAAACCAAAAUGGGGGCUUGAACAAUCUAUUAAACAAGAAUGUGCUACAUCCAACGCCAUUGGCGUGGGAGCAGAAGCACAGAACUGUUCCAAGGUACGACUCACCCCCUAUUCACUCUAGCACUUUUUUACGAUCAUUCGACCAAUUUGAUAUCGGAAAGUAUCCUGUCGGUAUAAAUAUCCACAGACAAUAUUUUUUAGGAAACACUUGACUUACAUCUGUUGCUCAAUACCUACUUAUCCGUGUAAAUACCAGUUUUCCAAACAUGUAAUUUGUUUUUAUAUGAACAAAGUUGCAAAUCAAUAAUAAUUGUCGAAAAGAAUCAAUUCUUCGCGGUCGUUUUAUUUGCAACUUUGCUAGUUUGUGUAUAUAAGUGUAUACCACGUUGCCUUUUUGUAGAGUAGAUAAUUUUGGAUGAUAUUUUACACAUAGCAUUGUAAGUAACAUUGAGUUUUAUGGUUAAGGAAGUCCAUUUUUUCUACAAAUGGGGAACAAAUGAGAUAUUUAAAAUCGCUAAGAAAUUAACAAUGUUUGUUUGAUUAGUAAAUUUAAGAUUUUGAACGUAUAUAUUCAUGAAUUAGUUAAUGAUGGUUUAAAUGUUGUUUCUUAGUGAUACUUAAAAUUGAUUAAAAAAGAAGGCCAGAAAUAAGACCGACAACUUUUAUAUUAUUGAAUGGCUGCAUUUGGAAUUUUAUACACUUGUAACUUUUUUAUAAGUUUUCUACUGUUAACAUCUUUGUCACAUUGUCAGCGACCAUUUGUAUAUUAUACUUAAAGCUACUCUUGUAGUUCUCUAAUAUUUCUAUUCUAAAUAGUUCAUCAGUUAUGUAUUUCUAAGGGUAAAUAAUUAUUAUUUGGACAUAA